GCAUUAGUAUAUCCGGCAUCGGGACCACGCGAUACAUUUUCCAUUGAUUCAAUCGUCAAUCCGUGAUUAUCAACCGCAACUUUCCCAUUACACGAAAACUUUCAUAUCCAAAACCGAUAUUCGGUUUCACUCUUGUUUAUAGACCAGUGCAAAUCCAUUUUUCCUCCACUAGUCGGACUUUGACCACCGGAGAGUAAAACCGCUAGUAUUUUGCACGGAUUCUGCUAUAUCGAGUGCAUAAAACGCAGCAUGGAGCAGUUUGAACAACUGCUGACAUGCGCGAUAUGUCUUGAUCGAUAUAGAAAUCCAAAGUUACUACCAUGCCAGCACAGCUUUUGCAUGGAACCAUGUAUGGACGGCCUGAUCGAUUAUGUCCGUCGUCAGGUCAAGUGUCCAGAAUGUCGCGCCGAGCAUCGCAUACCCUAUCAGGGUGUGCAGGCAUUUCCCACAAACGUGACACUGCAACGCUUCCUGGAGCUCCACAUAGAGAUCACAGGAGAGCUACCGGAUCCAACAAGCGGUCAAACAAUGGAGCGCUGUGGUGUCUGCUCCGAGAAAAGUUACUGUUCACUGUGUGUACACUGUGAUAAAAAAUGUUGCCCAGAAUGCAAGGACGCGCACAUGGACAUUCUACGACGCGAAAUAACGCGUAUAAAUUCACAGGUGAGGAGAGGACUCCAUCGAUUACAAGAUGCUCUUGCUCUUGUGGAGAAGAAUACCCUGGGUUUGCAAACAAAUUGCGCCUCGGUAGCUGAGGAAGUCGACGAGAUCUACAGACGACUCAGCAAGGCCCUUAAAGAUCGCACCGAAUACCUGCGGAACGAGAUCGAGCGUUACUCAGGUACAGAACUCCGAGGCUUGAUCCAGCUUAAGGAGAAUCUCGAGCUCGAAAUUGCGAACAUUCAGAGCAACUGCGAUCUCGCGGACGCUCACAUCAAUGAGAAUGUCGCCUGGGACGAUGCGGAGCUUCUGGAUACCAAAGAACUGUUCCUCCGCACUGUCGAGUUCAUCAGGAAUUUUGAGUAUGAAGCUGGUGAUUACGGGCGUCGCGUUCGAUUCGUCAUGCCGCACGAGCCCAAUCAGCUGGUGCUCCACGUCGCUGGUUAUGGAGAACUGAAUAUCAAACACGAAACCGGUAGUAAUUCACACCUGGGAUCAGGAACUUCACUGGCUCCACCUGGAAGUUCGCCGGGUUUGAUGAGAAGCAAAAGUGAUCAUCGUCUUGCUUCUCAAUAUCGCCAGCAGGAGGAGGAUCGACUUGCCAGGAAUCGAUACGUCCCUGAUUACGAUCACCUGCCACCCCCACCAGCAGCCCGAGACCAUUUCAAAGCCGUUUUUUAGGCGCAGGUAAUCGCGCAGCUCCACCACCGCCAAUUCAGAUUACCCGUGAGGAGACGCCAAAAAAGAGAGAAGUCGAGGACGACGUCGACGACGAGGAGACGAGCAGUUCCUCGGAGGAGACCGAAACGGAAACUGAGGAAGAGUCCGAGCAAGAGACACGGACAAACACCGCAAACGUAGCACCCUCCUCGCAGAAGCAGCAGAGAAAUGAAGCGGCAAUGGCCCGGACCGACAUCGGCCCACUGCUGGCCAGAAGUGCUGAAGCAAGACGCGGCAGCAAGGAGGACUCACCAUCCACCAGGUAUUCAUCGCCACGUGGCAGUCCGGCGCACUCAACAUCGUCACCAACUGGAUUGACGUCGUCAUCGCCGAGUGGCUACACGAGCAGAUUUCUGAAUAAGAGCAGAAGCCAAGCAACGGUGGGAGCCCCGCGUGAGCGAGAACGUGAACGCGACCGUGAGCCAGAGCCCGAGGUGGAACCACUGUCGCCCCGGACACGCUACGCGGCCCUCAAAGAGAGACGCCAGCGUGUCGCGCGAUCGCGGAGCUCUCACAAUUUUGCUAACGACGAUCUCGACCUAGAUGAGGAUCCACCAUCGCCAACAACUCAAUCACCGAACGCCUAUCUAGCUGCCAAAUACGGGGCGGGUUCGGAGUUGGCUCGGAGCCGCAGUACACACGCGCUCAAGUCUCGAGAGCCAAGUCCGGACCGCGAUCGUGCCGGUGCGGAGAAAGAUGGCGCUGCCCUGAGCUCUUGGGCACGUUACCUCAAGAACAAGUACGGCAACAGGAAUGCAAAGGACAAAGAGUCCACAUCCACGUCAUCUGUUCCUUCUGCCAGCACGAGUGCCGCCUCCAGGAGACUGUCUCUUGGUCUGCCCUUGAGACAUGUCGGUCAAACUUCCUUCGAAUCCUCUGACGACGACCAAAAAAACCCGUCAGGCUCCCCCACGUCCCCUACAGCAGCUCAAGGUAUCCCCGCGGCAGCAGGUUCCUCAACUAGGAACCAGUACAUGCUGAAGCGGCGGCAGCUGUUGAAAUUUGGGAUGCGGGGGAGCGGAGCCGGAUGUUUCACCUGGCCGCGAGGUCUUGCGGUCGGUCCCGACAACUCCAUCAUCGUGGCGGACAGCUCGAACCACCGGGUGCAGGUCUUCGAUUCCAACGGGAAAUUCAUCAAUGAGUUCGGUACUUACGGUAACGGCGAGGGCCAGUUUGACUGUCUGGCUGGAGUGGCAGUUAAUCGAAUCGGUCAGUUCAUCAUCGCUGAUCGAUACAAUCAUCGGAUCCAAGUGUUCGACCCCUCCGGUCACUUCCUCAGGACCUUCGGGUCACAGGGCACGGCUGACGGUCGCUUCAACUACCCCUGGGGCAUCACCACCGACGCCCUGGGCUUCAUCUACGUCUGCGACAAAGAGAAUCACCGAGUGCAGGUAUUCCAGUCAGAUGGGACAUUUGUGGGUAAAUUUGGUACCUGUGGCGGUGGCAGAGGGCAACUAGAGCAUCCUCACUACAUUGCUGUGAGCAAUACCAAUCGAGUGAUCGUGAGCGAUAGCAAUAAUCAUCGGGUUCAGAUAUUUGACGUGGGGGGACGAGUGUUAUCGUCGUUUGGGUCCGAAGGGACUGAAGACGGACAGUUCAAAUUUCCACGUGGUGUCGCUGUUGACGAUCAGGGGUACAUCAUCGUGGCGGAUUCAGGCAACAAUCGCAUUCAGAUAUUUACACCUGAUGGCGGAUUCGUCAGGGCCUUCGGCAACUGGGGUAGCGGCGACGGAGAAUUCAAGGGACUAGAGGGCGUUGCUGUCACCUCCUCUGGAAAUAUUGUUGUGUGCGAUCGGGAGAAUCAUCGGGUCCAAAUCUUUUAGUCCCAGUAUCUCUCGUUAUUUCUCUUCUUAUUCUAUUGUAAUUCACUAAUUCGGCUUCUUGGUUUGAUGUAUUCGUUUGAAAUUAUGGAACAUUGUAUGGUUGUCUUCGAGGAUGAUUAAUAAAAUUACAUUGUAAGCUUAUCCUAUCAUUAUAUAAUUCCUGGAUGAUGGCGGAUGGCUGAAGCACAACAUUUUACCAUUAAAAAGUGAAGGAAAUAAUUUGUACUGUUUGUAUGCUUCAAAUACAUUGUUGCGCGGAAUAUUUAAUGGAGUAUCAUUUCGCAGGAAAAGAAUAAAUAAAUAUGUGCCAUUCUGUA